UAGAUUUUAGAAACUGUGAACUGUAGGAUUCAAAAGUUGUCUAACUGAACACGUUUGUUGCAUAAAAUAGAAGCAGUAUGAGGCUGGUGGUAAUUGUAACAAUUUCGUUGGCAGUCAGCGCCUACGCCGCAAUUCAGGCCGACCCAGAGUGUGUAGGAAUCCGUAACGGAAGCUCUUUCAGGCAUCCAAAAGACUGUUCCAGAUAUUACUCCUGUCUUAAUGGAAAGUUUGAGGUCCAUCAGUGCCCACGCGGGCUGUACUGGGAACAUAUAAGGCGAAUUUGUUUGCCUAUGGAUCUGAUUGAUUGCACGAAAGGAAUCAUCAUAGCAACUACGGUGGCAAAACCCGUUUGGACAACACCACCAACAAUCCAAACUACGCCCACAGUUCCAAUAGACGUCAAUCCUAAUGAGCCUGUUAGCGAGUACAAAUGUCCAGAAACCGGUGUUUCAAGCAUUCCCCAUAAGUACAGCUGUACCAAGUAUGUGAUGUGUUUCGAUGGUAUUCCUGUGGUUCAAAAUUGCGCGCCUGGGCUUCACUACGACUCGCAAUCGCAACAGUGUACUUUCCCUAUUCACGCAGAAUGCGUUCUAGAAUCUGGAAUUUGUCCACAAACCAACGAUCCCAAUAAGAUAAUAUUCAUUGCUGACAAAUUAGACUGUGCAAAGUACUAUUACUGCUACAAUGGAGAACCACACGAAAACAGUUGCGCAACAGGACUUCACUGGGAUCCGGACAACAAUUGGUGCACUCCAAUUGAAUUGUCGCACUGCAAAAACUACACUCCGUACAAGGAAAUUGAUGAGCCAUUCCUUACCCCGAAGACGGUCUCCUGCCAGGAUAAUUCCGCUCACUGGGUUGAACAUCCGAGAAGUUGCCGCCACUAUUACCUGUGCUACAAGGGCAAGGCUAUUCUGAAGCGAUGCGACGAUGGACUCUUCUGGGACUUUAAGGAGGGCUCGUGCAAUUACAGUGCGAACGGUGUUUGCAAUAAGUAAACGCAGUUUUAGGGAUAGAAGUAUUGUCCUACAUACUGGAAUAAAAACACUUGUUUCGAAAUACUUGUUUUGAAUAAACAUUCUUUUUGAGCGAAGCGAAU